UAAAUGCAAAAAUAGGCAUUGGCUCCAUGGCUUGCCCUAUUCCAAAAACAGGCAAAUAUGUAGGGAAAUUUCGUCUGUAUGGAACAAUGUGAGAAGGAGUUAACAGCCGAGUAUUCUCCUGUUUACAAGCGGAACCGCUGUGACAGGACCUGUUAUGAAUCCUCCCACUUGUAGGCGUAUUUUUAAGGCUUGGGAAAAUCACAAUCCUGGCAAUUAUACACAGCAACAAAGGAAAACCCUGCGCAGAUAACUGUCCUGUUAUCUGUCCUAGUAAGUGCAAUAGCAGGUACAAGAAAAACUUAAUUCGGUGUGGCGGAAUGGGCACUUUGCAAGUGCUUUUCUGCAUUUAUUUGAGUACCCCCGCCGUAUUCAGCAAUAUACUCCAGAACACAGUUUCCAUUGUCACAAAUGGGACCUUCUUUUCAACUGAGACAAAUAUUAUUUUCAAAGCUGUGACUUCCGAAAGUGGUCCUGUGCAUUUUGUUUGGAAUUUUGGAGACAAGUCACUACCUGAGUCAACAUAUAACAGUGUUAUUUCAAAAAAAUACUCUAUCCCAAACAGUUAUAAUGUAAUUGUCAAUGCUUCCAGUCCAGUUGGAACCGUUGUUUCUGAAGUCUACACAAUUUUUAUACAGAAAAAGGUGAUUCCCAACCGACUUAUUGCUAGACCAUCUGUACUGAUUAACUCCACUGUGACAUUUGAAUGUAGAAUCAACUCUGGGACAAAUAUAAGUUAUUUGUGGAAUUUUGGAGAUGAAACAAUUAGAUUUGGAAAGAUAACUGACACACAUGUAUAUAUGAGAGAAGGGGAAUAUACAGUAAAUGUGUCGAUCUUCAAUAAUGUUAGUGCUGCUUUCCUAACAAAGCAGAUUUUUGUUGUCAGAGAGCUUUGUCUUCCUCCUCCAGUAAAACACAUGGGUCCACAAAAAAUACAGAUACGAAGAUAUGAACAGCUAUGUCUUGGAGUCACAUUUGAAGCUGAAAUUAUGUGUAAUAUAUCACAAGGUCUUCACUAUUUCUGGUCUUUUGUUAAAUCUAAUGGAAAUUCUGUAAUUCUACCAAAUUAUAUAAACGACAGGAAGCAAAAAAUUACAGUUCCAGGAUUCUUACUCGAGUAUGAAAACUAUACUGCUGUUGCACGGGUCCAAAUUGUUGGCAAUGUGGUAUACAGUAACUACACAGUUCUGCUAGAAGUCCUUCCUAGUGACCCAGUCAGUGUGAUUGCUGGUGGAACACAUUUUCUCAUAGACAAAAGUACUGUGACACAUUUUAAACUUGAUGGAAGUGCUUCUUUUGACCCAGACUAUCCUGAAGCCUCUUUGAGGUUUCAUUGGAAGUGCAUUCCAGUAAGUUUAUACUCAGAUUCAUGUUUUAAUACUGCAGCCCUUAACCCUCUUCAGACUGAUGGUUCAAUAAUACAUUUUCCAACUGCUCUUCUUAAUGAGAAAUUUGAUCAGUUUCUUAUUAGCUUAACUGUGUCCAAUGGUAAUCGCAGAUCACCAGUUGCCCAAGCUGUCUUAUCUAUAAGUUCAAGACCGAAUUUCAGGGAUGUUCAGAUAAUUUGCAUUGAAUGUAAAGGUUACACUGUUAACUGGAACGAGAAAUUUUCUGUUCAAGUUGUAUGUACUGAGUGCAGAGAGGCAGAAAUAUCAUAUUCUUGGGAACUGUAUUCAAUAAAUACAACAGAAGUGGAGAGUUCAGAUGGACCAUUCUGCAGUGUUCUUGAAAUAUUGGGGUCAUCCAGUCUAUUUGGUACACCUCUACCAUCGGUUGAAAUAUUUACUGAUCCCCCCAUUACACAAAUUAUAUCAGGGGAUAUUUUUGAUGAACACCGGUUGACAGAAGAAGCAUACCUUAGGCUUGACCCGUGUCCAAAAACUGUACCAUCUGCACCCAUUCAUGGUAUUCAUGGUCUGUUAGAGGAAAUUUCAUCUGGAGGUAGACCAUCUAGAAGCAAAAGAUCAGAAUAUACCACUGCUUUAAGAAAUAUAAGCCAUGAACAGUCAGGAGAACAAACAAACUUUAAUGGAACAUACAGUGGUUUUUUAAUUGGUGGAGGAGAAGGAGGGGCAGAUUUAUUUAACCUAACAGAGGUUCCAACACAUUCAGAUCUUGAGGUACACUGUAUUGGCAUCCAGGAAGGUAAAAAAGGUUCAGGUGGCAGGCCUGAAGAUCCAGAAGGUGAAAGAUAUGGCAGUACAAGACCACAUGAAAAUGAAGACCAAAAAGGAGAUGAAAUUUUAAAUCCAUCAAAGGCAGCUGCUGUGUCUCCUGUCACAUCCAUGUUAGACUGGAAAACACAGCAAAUUAGCAAAAGCACAUUCAGAGGUUUCGUAACAACAGAUCUUUCGUCUCAGGUUCUUACAUUCAAGCCUUUCUCUCUGAAACCUGGCAAGAUGUAUAUGCUUGAUGUCUCUCUUGCCUCUAGGGGAAAUGAAAUAGGCAAAUCACAGCUCUACUUUACAGUUAAUGAAAUGGCACCAAGAAUGACCUGCCAAGUGCAACCAAACGAGGGAAUGGAAUUAUACACAGUUUUCAGCAUAUUUUGUACUUCAGGAAAAGAGGAUCUUUAUUAUGACUUUAGCUACCAAGUUGGGAGGAGAUCAGCUAGGAAGAAACUGUAUGAAGGAAGAGACAUUCAGUAUUAUUUUAACUUGCCUGCAGGUGAUCAAACAGAUGGAUAUCAAGUUACUCUUUUCACACAAAUCACAAAUAUGUAUGGAUCACAAACAAAGCCAUGUCCGGUAAAUGUAACUGUAUGGCCUAGCUUUGGGAAGAAUACCUCUACUGACUUCAUUGCAGAACAACUGUAUCAUCAUGGCUUGAAAAAUCUUUCUGUACUUUUACUUAUGGAAAAUCACAUAGAGAUAAGAAAUUACAUUACAUUAUUGACAGUGGUACUCAAUAAAUUAUAUAGUGAAGAAACUAAGACUCCGUUUGAACUGCAAUCAAAAAUAAGAAAUGCACUGAUUUCAGCUCUUUGUAGUAUGUCCUUCCAGGAUGAGGAUGAAUUUGAUGAGAUAGUGUCAAUGUUAAUAGACCUUCUGAAUUAUACAAAGCAGGUUACAGCUAAGAGCGCAAUUCUCGUUGUAAAUGCUACUAAAAAAAUUCUUAAAAGGUCUGUUGACUCUGAAGACCAUAGCAGAAUAUAUCUGCAAAGAAAUUCGGUUGAGAAAAUUGUCUCCUUGAUAUCAUAUUCCAUGGAAGUAUCUAUAGGGUAUAAUGAAAGGAACUUCAUUGUGCUUGAUGGCAUGAACAUCAUAAGUGAUCUGAUGCUGGAGUACAUUGCUUUUAAUAAGAAACAACAUCUUGGCCUAAGUACAAAUCUGAUUGAUUUCCAGACCAGUACCCAUAUGAUGCUUCAGAACAGCAUCCAGACAAUUGGUUCAACAAAAGUCUACCUACCACAGCUGCAGAGCAGUCACUUGGAAACAAAACUAAGUAACCGGUGUUACAUUAGUCAGCUGGUUUAUUUCAAGAAGAAUCCAUACCUUUGGGCAGAAAUUUCAUCUCAGCUUCAGGGGGAGUUUGCUGGUGUUAGUCUUUUCAACUGCUCCAACAAAAAGAAGAUAAAUGCAAGAGAAAUUGCAGCACCGGUAAUGAUGGAAUUUGACAUGAAAAGAAAUCAUGAUUUAGAGCUCAACAAAAACCUAUUUUCACUUUAUUGGGACAAAGUAAACUUUCACAGAUUUCAUACAGUUUCAGUUAACAGAGAUGAGGCAUUGCUUAUAACAGUUACAUUUUCCCGUCCUAAUUUGAGAGCAUUUCCUGUGUUGCUACUUGUAAGGUACUCUGAUAAGCCCAACACUUCUCAUUUUAACAUAAAAGAAAUUUACACUUGGGAAGGAAAUUCUGUUCAAAUAUUUAUUCCUGCUCAUUCCAUUAAAGAUGGUGAUAACCCCUAUUUGGCGAUAAUGGACGCAGACUAUAAUAGACAACCACGAAAUAAAUAUCUUUCAAAGAUGAUCAAUUAUACUCUUGAAACCCAAUGGACAAAGUGUUUGUACUGGGAUUACUACAAACAGUGGAAUUCAGAAAGUUGUUUUCCUCAAAAAGGAACACUGUCUACAAACAUCAUAUGCAGCUGCAAACAUCUUGGCAUAUAUACCUACCUAAGAAGUCCUGUGAACACUAGCAUCAACACUGAAGAGAUUUCACAAUAUCUGCUGACCACCAAAAAUGUUAUACCUUGUACUUUUGUUUUGCUUACCGUAUUUGUAUAUACACUACUGGCAAUUUACUACAAAUUUAAGGAUCGUCAUGAAGAGAAGAAGAAUGGUGUUGUAUUCCUUCAGGAUAACUCUCCAAAUGACCAUCAGCAUUUUGCCAUUGUAGUUGAUGUAGGUUUGCGAUCCAGGCCAAAAUCAACAGCCAAGGUUUAUGUAGUUCUACAUGGUGAAGACGGUGUGUCUGAAACAAGAGAACUUUACUUUCCUGACAAACCAUUAUUUGAAAAGAAUUCACGACAGGCAUUCGUUAUGAGUGUUUCAGAAAGCCUUGGGCCCAUAUGGAAGAUUCAUAUUUGGCAUAACAACAGUGGCUACUCUCCAAGUUUGUAUCUGAGUCACAUAAUUGUCAAAGAUUUACAAAGUGGUCACAGUUAUUUUUUCCUUGCAGAGUGCUGGCUUGCUAUGGAUGAAGGUGAUGGAAAAGUGGAAAGGGAGCUGACAUCUGCUGUACAUGGACUUGAGUUUAAAAAGUUGUUUUACUGCAAGCUGACGGAACUUUUAGAGGAUUUACAUCUAUGGGGAUCUUUAUUUAGCCGUCCUUCUUACAGCUGCUUCACAUACACUCAACGAAUAACCGUUUGCCUUGUCUUACUUCUGGGAUACAUGUUUUUGAACAGUGUUCUUAUUCACUGGGAAGAAGAACAGCAUUCGUUUGAACAUGGUCUUCUCGAUGUUUCUCCAGUUUCCAUGAUAUCAGGAUUUCAAUCAACAUUAGCCCUUUAUCCACUUGCAGCAUUAAUCUCACUUCUCUUUAGGUUUAGUGAGAAGAAGCUAACAAGUGAUUCUGGUGAAGAGAAGUUGAAAGUGCCAAUUCAGACAAACUCUUCUGGAGAUCAUCGAAAUUCUUUAUCUCCGUCAGACACAAUGUUUGAAUCCAACUUGACUUGGCAGCACUUCCAGUACUGGGCUUAUGAUGCCUGGAAAAAGAAAUAUGAGAGGGAUUAUUUUACACCAAGCAUUCACUCAGUAAACUGCAGUAAGAGGAGUAAAAAGGGAAGCCCUUCUCCUACUAUCCAAAGCUCAAGUGGAUUUGAAGACUGCAGUCAACAUCUGGCUCAAAAGAAUUGCAGUCAUAGUUCAUGUGACACGUGUUCAGAAUUCCCAACAGGCCACAGAAGCUUAUUUGGAAAUCAGUAUAAAGUAUUGCCUCAAUGGUGUAUUUAUUUGGCCUGGUGUUUCUGUGCAGUGAUUAGUAUUGUGUGUGCAGCCGGGACAACAUUAAUUGGUUUCAGUUUUGGUCCUACAAAAUGCAUACUCUGGGCGCACUCUGUGUUUUUCUCGGUCAUCUUUUGCACUUUUGUUGUUCAGCCUUCUACGAUAUUUAUUAUAGCUUUCUUUAUGACUUGGCGUAAGAAGGAAAUCAUUGACUUGUUUGCUGAAACAGUUUGUGAGGCCACUAAGUAUUUUCAGAGGGAAACAAGUACAUUUGAACAGAUUUCUACCUUGCAUUCUUGUCCAAAUGAUCUUGACAUUUCAACAGACUUUGAAAAGAUACUUGCUGCUCGAAAGAGGGCUCGCUAUUUGAGGCUGGCCCGUCCACCUUCCCCUUCUCAACUCAAGGUAGUCAAGGAUAAAAUCAGAAAGAAAACAACUACUGAGAAAACAUUCAGGGAAUGUUUCAUGCAUGGAAUCAUGAUCUUGAUAUUCCUUUUUAUAACAUUGGGGAAAUGCUCAAAUGAUGAUUAUUUGCUGAACCAAGCAGUAAGAAAUGAAUUUACAAGACAUGCUAAACAGUCAUUUAAGAAUAUAAGAACUGAAGAUGACUGGUGGAAUUGGAGCUUUAAUGUUUUACUUGAUGGUCUGUACUGGAACAAAAUGUACAAUAUUACAUCUGCAAAGUCUAAAACUGGUCCUAUUGGAGGCAAAUUCUUUCUGAUUGGAACUCCUAUCAUUCAGAAGUUUAGUCUUGAAAAUAGUUCUGCAUGUGUGACCUAUUCCUUUAUUUCAUCUAUAAUUUCCUCAUACAAUCAAGCAAAUGAUAAACCUAAAGAACCAGACACUGAAAACCACCUGGAAGUCAGAGAUAAAAUGCAUCAUCGCAAUGGCAAGGUUCAUUGUUACAAAGGCAGAAAAUCUGUUAUUAAUCUUGGCAGAUCAAGAACUGAAGCCUAUUCAGCUUUGCUACGUAUACAGAGUCAGCAGUGGAUAAACCACAGCACAACAGCGCUUCAUGUACUUUUUACUCUAUAUAAUCCUCCAACUAAUGUGUUUACUGUGGUAUUAUUGCAAAUGGAGUUUCCUGCCUCUGGUGGUGUUAUUACAUCAUCAUUAAUUGAAUCUUUCAAGAUAUACCAUAUCGCAACUCUUUUGGAUUAUAUCACCAUGGCAUUGAAGUUAUUGUUUCUGGGACUUAUUCUUCUUCAUUCCUGUUUCCAACUGGGUGUAAUGAUUCAGACUGGCAUUAGGAACUACUGGCAGGAACCAUGGAACUGGAUUGAGCUUGGCAUAAUAGCAAGCAGUCUCUGUUACUAUGCAUGCAUUACAUACACAUUUUUACUUACAAUGGAUAUGAUUGACCGUCUUCAGAAAGUAUUCUUUAGAAUUUUUAUAGAUUGCAGCAUCCUUGCUGCAUGGGAAAAGUGGAACCGCUCUUUGCAUGGGAUCAUUUUUUUCUUAAUGGUAAUAAAGUUCAUCAAAUUAUUUCGCAUUUACAAAGUGAUGGCUCCCUGUUUGACGGUUCUUCACCUUUCUUCAUCCAGUAUGGCUUUUACUAUGAUUUCUGGAAUCAUUUUUUCGCUUGCCUUUUCAUCACUUGGUCAUGUUAUUGUCCUCUUUAAUUCCUUUCAUUUUAGCAACAUGAUCAGGUCAUUACAUAUGCUUUUUAUGAACCUUUUGGGAGUUGGCGACAGAAGACUUUUUUCAUUUUUACACCUCAGAACUAAAUCAGUUCCGUUACCUGCAACAUGUGUUUAUGUAGUACUGUUUCUUUUUAUAACAAUUUUAUGGACUGGCAUGAUAAGAGGAAUACUCACGUCAAUAAUGAAAAACACCAGUAAAAUACAUAGAAAUAAGCAACUGAUCACACUAACAGAUGUCGCUUCUCAUGCAAAAGAGAAAGUAUAUUCAGUGUUUGGACGCCAAAGAAUGAAAUCAACGGAUACUACAACAUUUCCCCGCAAUAAUUUUUACUUGGAAGAGUUUGAGGACCUUAUAGAUGAACUGUUAUUUCGACUAAAUGCAAUAUCAAAUAGCCUUCACCAUUCCCUCCCUGCAAAGUUACACUGUUACACAGAAGAAGCUGAAGAAGUUAGUCAGCUGGAAAGUCAUUCGGUUUGCUGCUUUAAACCACCACAGGAGAGUGAUUUGAAAAAUGACCUAAAAAUUCAGAGACAAAACACAGCGAAGAGUCAAUACUAUACAGAAUGUGCCACUGUGAAUACUGAUCUGCACAGAUCCAACACAUUUAAGAAUCACUCAGCUCAAUCCCUUACUUAUGAAAAUUCUUCCAGUGAUAAAGAUGAAACUGUGUCUUGUAUGAAGUUAAAAAGUAACACAGAACUUGAAGGUGAUCAGACAAGCAUGCAUAAGACUAAACCUAAAAAGCAACCUGUAACUGACACUGAACGCUGCAGAUCACAAGUAUCUGAAGAGCUUAAGAUCUCUUCUCCAACAACGCAAAUGAAAGAAUCUAAUUUCGAAGAUUUAUCAACUCCAUUUUGCAGUGACCAGUUUAUAGAAAAUAUAGCUAUGGAUCCUGAGAAAACAGAUGGUAAAAAUCGUUGCACUUCUGCUACCGAUUUCUGUAAAAAUCGUAAACCACUAAAGCGUUCUCAUACGACUGUGAUUGAACUUUUAGACAAUAGUUGCAAAUUAGUAUGGAAUAAAGUGCAUGAAGGUAAUCCAGAAGUAGUCAGGAGCACAAUAGAUGUAAGACAUUCAGAAAAGCUGCAUUGUUUCUCAAUGGAAAACACAAAUGCCAUUCACCCCCAAGUUACCUACUAUGAAGGAGAGAAAGGAAGCCAUAUGAAACAAAAAAGUGCUGACACCUAUAAAUACAGUAAAAGUAAACUUCCCGAAGGAGAACAAAAUGAAAGACAACAAGAUAAUGAACUGCACCAGGCUGAAACAAACAGAUUUCAUCAGGAAAACUGUGACUUAAAAGAUACUCAAAGUUUUAUUAAGCAGUGUUGGUACUGAGAGGACAUAAGCUACUAAAUCAUCUCAUUUUAAUGACUUGCCUCAUUUUUCAGCAUAACCGAUAUUUCUUUUUGGGUUUCUAACUCUGUAUUCCAUUAUUCUUAAAAUAUGUUUCUUUAAAAUUCUGGUCAUUAGGCGGAAAAGUUACCAUUAAGAAUAUUGGAGACCACAGAAUGUACUAUGGCCUCACCUAUGUAAGUUUUCAGUACAGGAUCAAUUUAGCACAAAUGUAAUAAGAAAUCAGAACCAGGCAUGCCCUGAAUAACUUUUGGGAUUUGGCCCAAAUACUUCGUCCAAAUAUAGAACCAAAUCCAAAUAUUAAUUUGCAUAUGCAAAUAAGGCCAGGAAGGCCAAAAGUGAAAAGUGUUUUAGCUAACCGUUUUAAACAUGUCUUGGAGUUUGAUAAAUGCUAAAAUGUAUAUACAAAAACAUUAUAAGAUUAUGGAGGCCCUUCCAUGCCUAUUAACCUGAGCUUUUGUCCAAACCUACACAAAGUAAAUUCUAGAUCAUGGACUUUUGAGACUUAAGGCAAUAAGUUUCAGACUUUGGUCUGACCAGAAAUUAAUCAGGGCAUUCCUUACCUUUUACAGACAUAUUAAAACACUGUUGUAAUGCUAUAGAUGCAAUAAUUUAUUGGACAGCAAAAAGUGUUUUAGGCCCCAAAGUUAAAAGCAGUAUGAAGGGGUUUCAGGGGUUCAGACUGCCAAAGAAUAUUAUUAGGAUAUAAAAACAGACUGAAGAUUGCAUUUACUGAGACAGUAAAUAUUAGUUUAAAAGUAUGUAUGACAUAAUGUAACAUGAUAUAAAUUAUUUGUAUUUUAACAUGUAUUUAAGUGUUAUUAUUUAACACUUCAUUUUUAAUUCUAAUGGUUUCUGUUCUAUAUUCUUAGUUAAUCAAAGCAAAUAACUAAUAAAAAUGUUCUAUUUAAGGAAUGCUCCAUUUAGAAUCUAUGCAUUAUGUAUUAUAGUUUAAUAAAUACACUUAUUACCGGGUACUUCUGA